AUGGAUCGGAGUUUCAACAGUUAUUCUGUAAAUGAGUGUGAUGAUGAUAUUCUUGUUGGACAUCUAUAUAGUGGUAUCCCAAUGUGGUUCGUGAUAUUCGGGAUAAGCUUGUGCGUCAUUUGUAUCUGCUAUUGCUGCCGUAGGAAAAAGCCUUAUGGCUAUUCCAGAACAGCCUAUUGCCUCUCUCUCGUCACCCUCAUUAUCUUCACCCUCGUGGCAAUUGCUGGAUGUGUUGUGCUGUAUACGGGUCAGGGAUUGUUCUACACCAAUACAAGAAAAACAUUGGAUUACCUUGUGAAUGAGGCAGAUGAAACUGCUGAAAACCUCAGGAAUGUGUCGGAUUAUCUUAGCGCAUCGAAGAAGAUUGGACUUGCCGCCAUUGUUCUUCCGACAGAUAUUCAGAAGAAAAUUGACGAUGGUAUGGGAAAAGUAAAGAAUGUUGCCAAUGUUCUUUCUGAUACAACUGAAAAGACUGCAAAGAAGUCUUGCAUUACCUCUCUUUCCAUGUGUGGGAUGCGACUUCUUGUAUACUGCUUGGUGAUUGUUGGGUGGAUUCUUGUUACCUGCACAUUCAUCUUGUGCGGUGCAUUUCUCCUCAUCCAUAAUGUGUUUGGAUAUGCAUGUGUCUCCAUGGAUGAGUGGGUGCAGAAGCAACCCACUGCGCAUACUUCUUUGGAUGAUUUUCUUCCAUGCGUAGACAAAGAUGUGGCACAAGGCAUCUUGGACGACACCAAGAUGGCAACCUACUAUGCUGUUUAUGUGGUUAAUCGUUUCAUCACCGAUGGUGCAAACGGUGAUCCUUCUGCUGGAGGUAUUGCAGUGGAUUACAAUCAAUCUGGUGAUUUAUUACCACUAGUCUGCAACCCCUUGAACGAGGAUAAAACUGAUCGGAAAUGUGCCCCUGGUGAAAUAGAAAUGCAACAAGCAAGUGAGGAAUGGGGAAAAUACAUGUGUAAGGUAUCUAGUGCUGGCCAAUGUGAAUCACCAGGCCGGCUGACUCCUACCUAUUUCGAUCAAAUCUCAGCUUUUGUAAAUGUGAGCUACGCACUGCAUCGAUACGGUCCAUUCUUCGCUGAUCUUGCAGACUGCACAUUUGUCAAGGAUACAUUCUCUGACAUAAGUAAACAGCAUUGCCCCGGUCUGGUACUACAUAGUAGAUGGAUCUACAUUGGCUUGCUAAUGCUCGAACACCUAGUUGUAAUGCUGUCCAUGAUCUUCUGGGUGAUUUACUGCCGGGAACGACGACAUCACUAUUAUACUAAAAAGAGUGACAGUAUACUCAAUGAAAGUGCAAACUUUGGCAGUGCAAAUCAGGACAGUAAAAACGUUGGCAGUAGAAACUUGGGCAGUGCAAAUCAUGGAAGUAGAAACCUCGCCAGUGCAAGUAAUGGCAGUUCGCACUACGGCAGUGUCAAUAAUGGAUAUGAAGAGUUGGAGUUUACUCAUUCCAUGAAAAUUCUGCUAGGAGAUUUGGGUAUACAAUAG